CAAAACGACAAAUACCCUACGUUCGCCGAAGAACAACGACUCAUCUAACUUCCAGUUCUAGUUUGCAUCCUUUCAUGGGUCGCAAUAAGCUUGUGAUGAAGAAAAUUGAGAAUUCGACAUCCCGCCAACAAACCUAUUCAAAGCGCAAAGAUAGCAUUGUUAAGAAGGCAAAUGAGUUGGCUGUUUUAUGUGACACAGAUGUUGCUCUUUUAAUGUUUUCUCCAACAGGUCAAUUGACCAGCUAUUCUAGCAGAGGAAGUGUUGAGGAUAUCAUGCUCCGUGUUGUGAACCGGCCUGGCGAACUGCACAGGCGACCCAUUCCAAAUGAACAGCACUUUUCGCAGAGGCUCACACAGCUUAAAUAUGAAUCAGAAAUGGUGGAAAAGAUAGCUAUCGCCGAGGCUCAUGAGGAGAAGCUUAAUAAGCUCAAUCAAAGACUAAGUGAAGCACGAGAGAAUAUAAGGUAUUAUGAACCGCAAGUGGAGUAUAUCAACUCGGUCCACGAAGCUGUUGCAUGCCAGCAGUUCCUUAUGGGUGCUAUGGGACGGAUACAACAAGUAAAAGCAAAACUCUUGGGUGGUGAAGUUCUCCAGAGAAAUGAAAAUGUCGAGAUGGCUUCGGUCACCACAGAUGAUACAGCUGCUGCAGCUAAUGGAUCUUCAUCUUCAAAUCCUAAUUGGAAUUCAGUAAGGGAUGAAAGUUGUUAGCUGUUCCUGGUGUCAAACUUAUGCAGCAGGAGUUGUAUUAUUUGUUAUUUUAAGAACUUAGUAGUAAAUAACUUGCACCAAUGGGGCAAGCAAAAGUCUGAAUAAUGUUGCGUAUGUCUGUUAGUGCAACUUUUAGAGUUCUUGUAUGACAUUACAGCUCUAUUUUUUGUUUCUUUGCUCAUAUAUUUAUUUCUUAUGUUGCUUCCCUUCACUUUUUUUACUUUCAUGUCUUAAUAACUCUUGGUAUUUUGGAUUA